UAGCCGGUAAAAUAGGAGACGAUUGGAUGAUUGUAGGAAUACAACUCGGCUACACUAGAGUUAUGCUUAGUCAUCUCGAAGACGUUUACCCAAGACAACCAAAAUGGAGGAACUUUAUGAUGAUUGCUGAAUGGUGUAAUGUUGUAUCACAGCUUGGUUGGAAUGUUAAACAAUACCUUGCCAAGUUUUUUGCGGAUGCAGGACAUGCUGACAUUGCAGAUACUCUUGGUACCGACUACAACAUUGUUGGGAAUUCAUUAGAAGAUAUUUGCAAGCAUGUUAAUCAUAUAUCGUUCGACAAGCCAAUACCUCAGGUUUUGGGCAUCAUCGAUAUGAAUGUAAUUGAAAAGCGUUUAGGAAGAGCAUCCCAAUCAAGGUUUGAACUUAGCCUAAGUGCUCCAUUGGAAGAGCGAGAACAUAUCAGAGCUAUUGAGUGGAAAGAACAGUCAGAUGAAGUCGUAGAUACUGAAGAUGUUUGGUCAAUGGGAGACAUGACAGUUGCUCUUCCUGAGACAUCUUUUGAAGCAAGAGGGACAGCUUUAUCGAAAUUAUUGUUAGAUUUAUCACUCAAACAGUUUUAUCCAGCAAAGAUAGUUAUGUCUGAUAUUCAGGAAAUAAAACCCGAACAAGAGCUUGAUGAAAACAGUUUGCCCUGGCGUCUUCUAAACAAAAUUGUAAUGCUGAAUUACAAUGCAAGGGAGGAAGAUCUGAACAGUUUAUUUAAAAAGAAAAUACCCCGGAAUUAUGACGAAUAUGACGAUUCUGAAACUGACUCUGACGAAGGCUUAUUUGAGGAUAAAACAGUGAACUAUAUAAAUCCAAUGGAUCUUUUUUAUGCAACAUAUCUGUGUUGUCAUCCCAUACUCAAACAAGAAAUCAUUUCAAAGAUGUAUGACUGUAAACUUGCUAUUCCGUUCAUUUAUACAGAUUAUAAUCAACAACUGACCCUGUCACAAUGGGCUUUACGGAAAAUUUUGAUUGAUAAACGUUUAGAUGACAAAAUCUUGCAAUUCGAUCCUUUACAACAUGAUAUCAAAAUUGUAUCAUUUUUAAGAAUAGGAUCAUUAAGUAUGUCGAAGUCCAAAAUCAUAAAUGAGAUCCUACACGAUAAGUACCAUCCAACUUUUUUUAACAGAGAUUGUCAUUUAGGAACAACACCACGUAAGAUAGCAGAUGGUAUUGUUGAAGCAUCGUGGUUCAUUCCGUCUGGGAGAGAUAAUGAUAUUUUCAAUGAUAUUAUCAUGGUUUUGAAUUUAAGAGGGGACAGUAUACACUACAGUAAGAUUACCGAAAUGGUAUUCAAACUAUCUCAUGCAGUAGUUGUUCAUAUCGAUGUUGAACAAUUAUCAUCAACUCAUGUAAAAGAUGCAUUGCUGGCUGUACAUAAUUAUAACAUUCCCGUCAUAUAUGCCCUUGAGGCAAAUAACAUGUCUGGUAAAAAUCCUGCUGGCAUCUGGAAAUCAUAUAAAGCUAGUAUUAAAACUUUCAAAACACAGAUCAAAGUUCUAAACUUAAAAACAUCCCGGCAAACAAAGAGUUCAUCAGAUAUUACAAAGGAGAUGAGAAGCUUUAUCAUUGAUUCUUUACAGAAUAAAGGUCCUCUUAAAUUGAUUAACCUUACCAAAAAAAUAAGUUUUACAGAUGAAAAAUUGAUAGUGGAAUGCCGACAAAGCAAACAAUUGGCAGGUAUUGUUAUGAAUGAAAUUGCAAAUUUAGAACCUACAGAAAAAGAAAGUAUACUACCACUGCAAGGUCGUCCAUGGUCUAACUGGAGUUCUGAUCUGAAGAAAAUGUUUAAAUCAAUGUCGAAUGUUGAACAAGAUCAUUUGAAAUCCAGUAUGGAUUUGCUGAGAGCAGAACAAGUACAUAAUCUAGAUCAUCUCCAUAAAUUUAUGGCAUUAUUUAUUCAUUACUUAGAUUUUGAGUCCAAUCAGAGCAUGGAAAAGCAAACUUUCUUUCUAAACUGGAUGAAGAUAUAUUUAGAUGAGAAGAGCAGACGUGUAGUACCUCAUCUAAUUUCUAAAUACCAACAAUGUUGCCUAUGCCUUCGAACUGCCGUUGAAAAUCAUAGACUAAAUGAAUUAGACAAACUAAGGUCAUUGGUUGAUAGCGCAGAGCAGGACUUGGUUGAGGCUACGUUUGGUUUAGAGCAUCUUCUCAGGGAACUUGGUCAAAUCUAUGAAGCUGUUAAGAGCAAAUCUGCUUAUGCUAGUUCGUCAGUUGAAAAAUUCCCUGAAUUUGUUAGCAAACUCAUUCAGUGUGGAUAUCCUUUGGAAAUAAUGAAUGGAGAUACUGUAUCCGUUCCUUUACUCUGGGUUGAAUCUGUUUUGGAGCAGGUUCAGAAAGAUUUAGGUGAUAGAAAACUAUUGGUUAUAUCAGUUUUGGGUAUUCAAAGUUCUGGAAAGUCAACUUUACUCAACGUAAUGUUUGGUUUACAGUUUGCAGUCAGUGCUGGACGUUGUACAAAGGGCGUUUUUGCACAGCUGGUAAAGGUACAAGAGGGCACUUUGCCUUACGAGUAUAUACUUAUUAUCGACACAGAAGGCCUGAGAGCACCCGAACUAGGAGAUAAAAAACAAGCCCAUGAUAAUGAACUAGCAACAUUUGUCCUUGGUUUGGGCAAUAUUACAAUUAUUAAUAUCAAAGGUGAAAAUACACAGGAAAUGGAAGAUGUCCUUCAGAUUGCCGUUCACGCAUUUCUGCGACUGAAAAUGGGAAAUAAUAAUAUUGAAAUGAAACAGUCGUGCAUAUUUGUACAUCAAAAUGUACCUGCAGUCGACGCUGCUACAAAAAUGAUUCAUGCUAGACAGAAAAUGAUGGACAAGCUAGACAAACUAACUUGUGAAGCAGCGAAACAGGAAGGUAUUGCGGAUAUUAAUUCCUUUAGUCAAGUUAUAGAGGUAAAUCCAGAAACUCACAUGUGGUACUUUUCGGAUCUUUGGUCUGGUGAUCCACCAAUGGCUCCUAUCAAUGUAGGUUACAGCAGAAAUGUACUAGAUGUCAAACGACAAUUAUUGUUUGAUCUAGGUAUAAAGAGAAAUACGUUUUUGACAAUAUCAGAAACAACAACACGAAUGAAAGACUUAUGGUAUGGUAUACUAUCAGACAAUUUUGUAUUUAGUUUUCGUAAUAGUCUCGAAGUAAAAGCUUACCAUACAAUGGAUGACAAAUUUCAUAAACUCAUGUGGGAUAUAGAAUUGCAAAUGCGUGGAUUUGUGCAGAAGAAAGCAAAUUUUCAAAUUGUACGAUGUGCAAAUAAUGAAAUGCUAGAGGAGGAGACCAACAAAAUUUUAAAAACAUUAAAUUCAAUUCUUCAAGAACAAUUGAAAGAAAAAACCAAUUUGUGGAACACAUUUAUAGAAAACUGUCCUCUUCAAGAAAUAAUGGAACAAUGGAGGCAAAACAGGAUUUUACAUUUAACAGAAAAUGUAAAUGAUCUUGUCCGAAAUGGUGAAAAAAAUAUUCGUAAAAUUAAAGCCCAACAAGCUGCAAACCUAGUAAGUACAAAGAAAAGAUCUUUCCACGAAUCUGAAUUACGACUCAAAGCAGAAGCUUUAGCAAAUCAAUUUAAAGAAAAAUCACUUUCGGAUGGAGAACUCGUAAAAAUAUUUAACGCUACUUGGGGUAAAUGGAUCAGUGGGGUGGAACAUACUGACACACUUGACAAGCGUUCCGUGGAAGAUGAAAUAGAAAAAGUGUUAUUCGAUCUGUUUAAAUCUGAUAGAAGACUUGUGAUUAACGAUCUGAAAAGAAAGGAAAAGGCUGUUUAUACCGAAAUGAACAUGCUUGAAAACUCAAUUUCCUGUAAUGAACUGAAAGAUAAAGAUAUAAGCAUAUCACAAGCUUGGUACAAACAAAUCUUAAAUUUUAAAGUAAAAAAAGAACAAUGCAAAGAGCAUGCGACUAAUAUUAUCAACAUGAUACUUGGGAAAAUCGAUAACUUCAUAGAAAGCAUAAUAUAUGAAGACAGUCCUUUUGAAAAAACACAUGCUAAAGAGGUGUUCAUGAUAAUCAUUGAAAGCAUCAAAACACACAACGCUGGAAUUGAUGAUACGCAUAGCUUCACAUUUACAGCAGCAUUGAGAGUCAAAUUAGCAGUCCAUGUUACACGAUAUAUAACUGUUGUAUUUACAAAUAUGGAUAAAAGAUACGAGGAGAACCACAACAUCAUCGCGCAGAUAGAUAACUACAAAACUUAUAUUUGGCAGUAUUUUAGAGAUGUUUACAAAAACAUUAAAGAUGAAAUAACAACAGCAAACAUGUUAGCCCGGCAAUUGGAGAUAAUGGUUAAAUGUGAAAUUCGGAAGAAUCUGCCCUUGAUAGUUGUAAACAUUGUCAUUAAACAUUUUUCGACAAAACACAGUCUCAUGCUCGCAGUAAUGGAAGAUCUUUCGAUAAAAAAUGAUUUUCAUAGCUUUUAUCGUUACAUUAACGACGCCGAAAACUUUACUUUGAAAUGGAUAACAAAAUUUACAAAUGACCGUUUGUUUGAUACCAGCGUUACAGCAAAUAGUACGUACCUGCUUAUUGUAGAAAGCUUGAUUGACAAGUACGUUAAAGAUAUAGAGGAAAGUAUCGAAACUGCAACGUCUUUUUUUAAAAGUUCAACAUCAAGAGUUCGCCGGGAAGAAACUCUGCGGCCAAACGUCUCGCUUAAGGAACAUAUCCGAUGGAUAAAAGUAUUUGAGAAUGAGCUGUCUGAACACCUCCCUGUUCCACUGACUGCCUUUUCGUUUCUUGAAAAUCAGAAAGUUGGGAAUUUUCUAAAUCUCCAUAAAUGUUUAAUUACUCAGCUGAAGGAUAUGAAAAAUAAUCUUCUUGAAGAAUUCCGUGACGAGUCGCAACAUCCUGUUAUGUGGAAAGGUGAAAAUCCUUGUAAAACCAUUUUUGAUAAGUUGUGGGGAUGUAAUGAAAAAUGCCCAUUUUGUCAAGAAGUUUGUGAAAAGACUAGAAGACAUAGAAAUGAAAAUCAUUCUUGUAUUCAACAUAGAUUACCAGGACUUGUUGGUGUUUAUAGACGUGAAUCAAAAAUAAUGUCUUGGGAAUCUUGUAAUUACAAAGUACAUUCAAAUCAUUCUUUCACUUGCGAUGUUGUUGGUCGCCGGUGUCGAAUGAAUGGUAUGUGCAAAGGAAAAGGUGCAAAUGCCGAAUCUCAUAACUACAGAGACUAUAAAAAAUUUAUUCCUCAUUGGAAUAUCGAACCUUCUGCUCUCAUAGACUCGUCUGCAUAUUGGAUGUGGUUUGUUUAUACUUACCGUACUGAACUUUCCGUAGCAUACAAUUAUAAAGUUCCUACGAAUGUUUUGAAAUGGGGACGUAUUACCAAAAAAAUGGCAAUCGAAUCUCUUCAAAAGCCAACGUUUAUGCUACUUUAAUAGAGUACUUAAAGGAUCGUAGUUGUCGUGAAUCAGUCAAUCUGAUUUUAAAAUUCUUAUACGAAUUAUCAUGUUGAUUUUUUUAAUUAUUUUUUUCAAAGAUGUUGUCGGUUGCUUACGUUUGUUGCAUUGGAAGCUGUAUACGUGAAUGUUUUUCUCCUAUUGUUUCCCUGAACCAAAAUUGAAUCGAAUAUGGAAGCAAAUUCGCUAUGAAAGUACUUUACAUUCAAGCGUCACCGAUGAGAUUUUUAGACCAAUAUAAUUAAAAUAUUGAUCUCUGAUUUUGUUAUACUAGCUAGUACUAUAUAUCAUAUGUAGUAUAACGAAAUCAGAGAUCAAAAUUUUAAUUAGAUUGUUUUUAGACAUUGACUAUCGCCAUAUGUUGUCCGUAUGUUAUUGUCCACGUGUUAAUCAUCACAUUAAUAACGUUUCAUUUUUAUGGCGUUGAUCCAUUCGUUUGACGAACAGUUUGUGGUGUCCUUUGCUGUCAUUAAUGCAUGGGAAAUGUUCGUUGUUAUUAACCGGUCAACAUGUAAUGUUAAAUUAUUUAUGUAUAUAUAUUUCACUGUUCUGACUGUUCUUGCGUUGUUGUUUUAUUUAUUUAUUUAUUUUGUACUGCAUUCCUGUCACGUAGGUUCAACCCGCGUUGUUUCUUAAAAUGUCCAGAAUCAUGUCAGAAUUAUAGUAGUUGCUAUCAACCAGUCCGUUUCUAUGUAUGUUGGCGUUUCGUUGUUGUUGUAGUUUAGUGUGUGUUGUUCCGUUGUUUUCCUCUUGCAGUUUAUGUUUCCAUCGGUUCAAGUUUGAAACCCACAUUUGUUUUCUCUUAAUCGAUUUAUAACUUUUGAAUAGCGGUAUACUACUGUUGCCUUUAUUAACAAUAGUAUGAGACCCAUUUUACAGUAAAUUGUCCUUUAUAUAAUGAACAGAGAACAUUAUCAUUUGAUAAAGUAAACACUUGUGUACUAAUUUUAAAGAACUACCUAAGGAUAAAAAAUAUUUCUGACUGUUCACAAAUGAGCAUUUACUUACUCUCAUGUGCCUAGGAAAUUACAUUAUUAAAGUUUCAGAAAUAAGAUGAAAUAAGAUUUUAUUAUUAUGUUCAUUCGAUGUAAUAGUUAUGUAAGACACAUGCUGUGUUAGGCUCUGGGGUAAAAGUCAUAAAACAUUGCUCAGUGCUCGGAGCACAAAAAUCAUGCUCGAAACAUGAAAUCCAGCAUUUUAAUUGGUUGAUUUUCGAGUACGAGUACAAAAACUGACUCGAAAGAUUUAUGACCGCAAGGCCUGAUCCUGUCCAUUACGUUAUAUGGUAUUAGGUUUCUGUUCUGUUUUGCUUUUUUUCAAUUAUA